CGUUGCUCGUACGCGGAUGGAGGGAGCAGCAGCAGCUGCUGAUCUCUGACAUAUACUCGCCCGUCGCUGCCAUAUUGUACCGGGACGCGGUUCAUGCCGAGUAAUACAAUUACAUGGGUCCGGUAACUGGAAUGACUCCAGACAAGAACAUAGAAACCCCAGCGGCGGAGAAAGUUCCGGGUUUAAGUCAAACUGAGAACAUGGGCAGCUUGCCAGAGGAGGUGGGCGCUGCCAGGCCAAAGGCCUCCAUGGUGGACAGCGGCACCACGGACGAAGAGUUGACAAACUUGAACUGGCUUCACGAAAGCACAAACCUACUAAAUAACUUCAGCCUGGGAAGCGAGGGGGUUCCGACAGGGAGCCCGCUGUACGACAUCGAAGGCGACCUGUCCCCAUCAGGCUGCCAGACUCCGGAAAAAUUGUCUGCCUCUUCCAAGCCUCCUUAUUCAUUCAGCCUCCUUAUUUACAUGGCAAUCGAACACUCCCCUAACAAAUGCCUGCCCGUCAAAGACAUAUAUAGCUGGAUCCUCGAUAGGUUUCCUUAUUUCGCCACCGCGCCAACCGGAUGGAAGAAUUCCGUCAGGCAUAACCUCUCGCUCAAUAAAUACUUUCAGAAGGUUGAGAGAAGUCACGGAAAGGUGAAUGGAAAAGGAUCCCUCUGGUGUGUUGAUCCAGAGUACAAACCAAGUCUUAUUCAAGCAUUGAAGAAGCAGCCUUUUUCUUCAGCACUUGCUUUAUACACCCCUCCCACUUCUCCUACAAGUGUAUCAUCCCGCUCCAGCGUGUCUUCCUUGUCAUCCGUUGAAGAAGUGUAUGAGUUCAUCCCAAAGAACAGUAGGGCCGGAAGUGAUGGCAGCGAGGGCUUUCACAGCGAGGACGAUACAGAUAUUGACUAUGAAGAAGACACGCUUGGAGACAGCGGCUAUGUAUCCCAGCCGUGCAUAAAUCCCUCAAGCAACGAUCUGCACGGCAACAAGCUGCGCAAAGAAGCAUGCCAAGAUAUUGAUGAUGAGCUAAAAGAAGCCGCUGGCUCCCUUCUCCAUCUGGCCGGAAUACGUACCUGUCUAGAUUCCCUUUUAAAAACUGCAAAGGCACAGUCUCAGAAGCAUAGAAAAUAGUGGUAUGGCCAGUCAGCCAAUUUUGAUUUUUUUUUCUCUCCUACCCACUCCUUCCCUUUCUAAAAGUGUGGCAAUACUCGACAACUGUUCAUCCCAACGUAGGAGAUCAAAGCCAUAAAGGACUAAAGGCUUGUUAUUUUCUGCUAGCUUGACCUGCUUUUAUUCUUCUAUUCUAAGAUUGCUGCCUUAGAAUAAUUCACAUUUUUUUCAGUACAGCAAGAAUGCAUGACAGAAUAAUGCCCCAACAUAAGCUAUUAUAGAUCGUCAAAUAUGAUAAGGGAAGGAGUCCAUUCUGCCCCAGCUUUGCUGGAAAGCUGCUUCCCUCUAUUUUGUUUUUUUUUUUUUGGAUACUGCAGUGAUGCAACAUUGACUAUUUGAUUGCCAUUGUCCAACAGAAUGAGAACAUUUAGCAGUAUUAGUAAUACAUUUGCCAACUAUUUCUUAAUAGACAGAACUAGUGAGAAAAAGUGCAAACUGCACCUGAAAUUUGUACUAAAUGUAAUGAAAUUUGGCCCUUCAUGUGUAGAAUUGAAAGGAUUCUUUGAUGGGUCAGCUGUCGUCACUGCUUAAUAUGAUCUUGCAGACUGCCAUGGGAGUUUA